GAUGCUACAGAGAGUGAUCACCGGAAAACCUAUUCAGAUCUUUAAAAGGAGCACAUCAGUAACAAGGAUAGCACUCUCCACCGGUUAAAAUCCAGAAGUAACAAGAAGACACAGCAAAGCAGAAUCUCUUGGAAAAGAUGGUCCUGGAAACUCUGAAUCCAAUGCACUACAACAUCACCAGCCUUGUACAAGAUACGAUGCCAGUGGCCACAGUGCCCAUACUCCUUCUCAUGUGCUUUCUGUUUCUCAUAUGGAAUCAUGAAGAAACUUCAUCAAUACCAGGGCCGGGAUACUGCAUGGGAAUCGGCCCCCUCAUUUCUCAUGGGAGAUUUCUCUGGAUGGGAGUAGGUAAUGCCUGCAACUACUACAAUAAGACAUAUGGAGACUUUGUGAGAGUUUGGAUCAGCGGUGAAGAAACAUUUAUAAUUAGCAAAUCCUCAAGUGUAUUCCAUGUAAUGAAACACUGGCAUUAUGUGUCUCGAUUUGGAAGCAAGCUUGGAUUGCAGUGCAUUGGCAUGUAUGAAAAUGGGAUCAUAUUUAAUAACAACCCAGCACACUGGAAGGAAAUUCGACCCUUUUUCACCAAAGCUCUGUCCGGCCCUGGUCUGGUUCGUAUGAUAGCGAUUUGUGUGGAGUCCACAGUGGAUCACCUGGACAAACUGGGGGAAGUGACAACUGAACUAGGAAAUAUCAACGUGUUGAACCUCAUGAGACGGAUCAUGCUUGACACAUCUAACAAACUUUUUCUUGGGAUCCCUUUGGAUGAAAAUGCCAUUGUACUGAAGAUUCAGAAUUACUUUGAUGCUUGGCAAGCACUUUUAUUAAAGCCUGACAUAUUUUUUAAGAUUUCUUGGCUGUGCAAGAAAUAUGAAGAUGCAGCCAAGGAUCUUAAAGGAGCAAUGGAAACCUUAAUAGAGCAGAAACGGCAAAAGCUUUCCACUGUUGAAAAGUUGGAUGAACACAUGGAUUUUGCAUCCCAGUUGAUUUUUGCACAGAACAGAGGGGAUCUGACUGCUGAGAAUGUGAACCAGUGUGUGCUGGAGAUGAUGAUUGCUGCUCCUGAUACUCUGUCUGUGACUCUCUUCUUUAUGCUAAUACUGAUUGCAGAGCACCCCACAGUGGAAGAGGAGAUGAUGAGAGAAAUUGAAACUGUUGUGGGUGACAGAGACAUACAAAGUGAGGACAUGCCAAACUUAAAAAUCGUGGAGAACUUUAUUUAUGAGAGCAUGAGAUACCAGCCAGUUGUGGACUUGAUCAUGAGGAAAGCUUUACAAGAUGAUGUAAUUGAUGGAUACCCUGUGAAAAAGGGGACAAAUAUUAUCCUCAAUAUUGGCCGCAUGCAUAAGCUUGAAUUCUUUCCAAAGCCAAAUGAGUUUUCUCUUGAAAAUUUUGAGAAAAAUGUCCCUUCACGCUAUUUCCAACCCUUUGGAUUCGGCCCCCGGAGCUGUGUGGGGAAGUUUAUUGCCAUGGUAAUGAUGAAAGCAAUUCUGGUGACUCUUCUAAGGAGGUGCAGAGUACAGACAAUGAAAGGAAGAGGCCUUAACAACAUCCAGAAAAACAAUGACUUAUCCAUGCACCCCAUAGAAAGGCAGCCUCUGCUGGAGAUGGUUUUCACACCAAGAAGAAACACAAACGAGAAUCAGGGUGACUAAAAUGGAUCAGCAUUAGUUACAGGGCUUUCUCAGCCACUGCCACUAAGAAAUACUCAUCAUUCCUAGUUAAAUACUUAGAGUAAAACAUUUUGUUGCCCCUAAAUGACUACAACGUUAGAUGACAACUUGUUCUGCCUGUACAGCAGAACCACAAAAGUUCAAAAGAUAUGCAUAAUUCCUGACUACUUUUUAAAACCAGGUUCAAAGUUAUGCCUUCCCUUUCAAACACUGCAAGUUCAGAGAUUUGGGGUCAACAGAAGAACAUGCCUGAUGUAGGUUUAAUUCUGGCACUACAUGUGUCCUUUUCUCCCCCACCU